AUGGCCGAAAUGAAUUCUUCCGAGUACAUGCCAGCGGAGGAGAAGUGGACAACCGCUCUGGCGGCAUCUCCCAAGGUGCGUUCGAAGCUAAUCAGCGCCACAUUCAAACAGAUUUUCUGAUUUCAGGAAAUGCUUGACGAGUCCAGAGACUGGGAAUCGGAUUACUAUGUUCUCAAGAAGUCCCAUGAUCAACUGAAGGGCGAACUGAUGUCCUGUCAGUUGGACAUCGAGGAGCUUCAGAUGAAGUAUGAGAAGGAGGAGCGGGAGAAGUUGAACCUGCAACUCAAAAUCGCUCUUAGCGGCGAGGAAGUCGAUGGAGUGCUGAAGCCAACUGUGGCCGAACUCGAGCGCAAGAUCACGGCCCUCGAGAAUGAGAAUCACUUCUUGGAGACUACUAACAAGACGCUGAUGACGACAUUGAACGACACUCGCACUCAACUAGGAAACAUCUUCCGCGAGUGCAACAAGAAGACUAAAGAAGCCUGCGAUUUGCACAAAGAGCUCGAGAAACUCGAAGUGCUCAAGAAGGAGAUUGAGGCGGAGCGCGUCGGAAUGGACACCGACGCCAACUUGUACGCCUUCAAUAUGCGUGAGAUGCUCGAAGAAAUGAACGAUCAGGCUUGCAAGUGGGAGACCGAGAAGACCGCGUUGACUGCCCGUUUCGAGGAGCUCGAGGAGAAGCUGCGCAAAGAGAACGAGUGUCUCAAGGCUCAGAAGGAGGACAUUCUCAACCACACUCGUGUCGCCGAGAAGAUUUAUAGUGAUCGCAUCCAGGAGGUGAACGCGCAAUUGCAUCGUAUUUCCGAGGGAAACAAGAAUGGCGAUGUCAAGUACGAGUCGAACGCAAUCGACGAUCUGAAUUCAAGGAUCGAUGAGCUCGCCAAGAAAUUGAACGAUUCGAUGGAAGCUAUCGAAGAUCUUGAGGAAGAGAACGCCCAUCUUCGUGAGAAGAUCGAACAUGUCAAUGAGAAGAAUCGUCGGCUGGUGGAAGGAGUCGAGUUCCACCAUAAGCUGUAUAUUGAAGAGCAGAACACCAACAAGGAAGACUGCCGCAAGUUCGAAGUCCAAAUAGCCAAUCUCAACGAGGAAAUGGCAAGGGUCGAGGAGAUGCGCGACCAGUACCGUCGUGAGUUGAGCCUCGCCACCGAGAUGCAGACUCAGCAGACGAUCAUGUACGCCAAUGACAAGGCCAAGUUUUGUCAUGAUUUGGAGCGUGUCGAGGAGAAAUGGCACGCAGAGUGCGUCAAGCUCGCCGAGCAGAUCGAGGGCUUCAGAAUUUUGGCCAUCACAUCUGAGAAGGCUGCUUCGAAGAUGACAGAGGAGUACGAGGCAGAGACAGCGAAGCUCUCGUCGCAGAUCAAAGAACUCAAGGAGAAGUACGAGACGUACCGGAAGGAGUCGGAGGAGGAGGAGCUCCAGCUGAAACAGGUGAUCGAAACUCUCAAUCAGCAGCUUGUGGACGCCGAGUCGACUCAGAAGACGACGCUGAACGAUUGGGACGACGAGUGCGCUGGACUCGAGGAUGAGAUUUACGACCUUAUCGAUAAGAGACGUACCGAGGCCAAGAGGGUGAAGACAAUAAAGCGCAAGAACGAGUGGCUCUCAAAGUCAAUCAAACGUUUCGCCGACCAACGUCGCGAGGAGAUCGAGGCGACCGAAUUGGAGAUCCGCACUCUCAAGGAUCGCUGCGAACUUCUACGGAAAGAGAAAGUCGAUUGGCUGACCGAUUUGAAGAGAGAGGUGAACGAAUGGAAGAACGACGGCGAGGAGAAGGCAGAGCUCAAGAACAAGGUGGAUGAGCUCCAGAAGCUGAACAAGUCGCUCGAGGAGAAGCUGGAAAAUGUGACGGAGGGCUGGCGCCGUGAGUGCGAAGUCUAUCAGGACAACAUGACGUCACUGCUCGAGCAACGCAGCAAUGAGCAGGAGGAGAGAGAAAGCGUGGAGGCUCGUCUCUACAAUAUUAUCCGAGAAGUAUCGCAGGAGAAGAAGAAUCUCGAGAGGAGACUAUCAUCUGCGGCGAAGCAGUACGCCAUCACUGGUAAUGAAAUGAUGGAAGCUACGGAGGCGUUCAAAAAGAUGAUGGAUGAGCAGCAUGCCGCGUCGAAGCGAACACAGGAAAGCAUUUUCGAAGAGAGAACCGAAAUUAUUAGAAUACUUGAGAAGAAGGUGGAAGGACUGAUAAAGGUAAGAUAUUGUCACAGGAACUUGGAGUACUGAUUUGAUAUUUACAGGUAUCCGAGGCCGAGUUCCGUAGACGAAUGGACGCUGAGGCCACAAUCAAAGAUCUCGAAUGUCUGCUUAAGAACCAGAAGAUACAAAACGAUGUGCAGCUCCUACAAUUCAAAGGCAAGGUGGAGGACUUGAAGGAGGCCAACGAGGAGCUGAAGGAGAACAUGGGCGUGGAAGCGCUCGACGAUGUACAGUCCGAUUCUUCCGACGACGACGACGAUGACUCGGUUAGCUCGGGCUCCCGCUCUGAAGAGGAAGACGACGACGACGACGAGGUGACCUCCAACGCAUCGCGCACUUCGUGGGACGAUUUCGAGAAGAUCGACGAGGAGGGCGACAAUCUGUACGAGGACAUGCCGAAGUUGGCCGAUGAGCGUGGAAUUGAGGAGCGGAAGGCAGAGCAGAAGAAGAAUUUGUAA